AAAACAUUAAAAAGACAAACUGUAUUUUAUCCAAACCAUAAUUCAGGUCGACGGAAGUGACCUUAGUAAGUUCCUUUUGGCUUCAGCCUCCAUUUGGCUUUGAACGUGUUUGUCGUUACCCCUAAUUAAACACUAAAGAUGUCCGGAGGUCUUGAUGUGCUCUCUCUUAAAGAGGAGGAUAUGUUAAAAACACUUGCUGCUGGUGUUCACCUUGGUUCAACCAAUGUGGAUUUCCAGAUGCUCCAGUAUGUUUUCAAAAGGAAGCCUGACGGUAUUUACAUUAUAAACUUGAAAAAGACAUGGGAAAAGCUGCUGUUAGCUGCCAGAGCCAUCGCAGCUAUUGAAAAUCCAGCUGAUAUUUGUGUCAUUUCUGCUCGUCCCUAUGGUCAGAGAGCUGUGCUUAAGUUUGCAUCAUCAACUGGAUCUACUCCUAUUGCUGGUCGCUUCACCCCUGGAACCUUCACCAAUCAGAUCCAGGCUGCUUUCCGUGAGCCUCGCUUGUUGGUUGUAACUGAUCCACGAAUUGAUCAUCAACCAGUCACUGAAGCUUCUUACGUCAACAUCCCAGUAAUUGCUUUCUGCAACACUGAUUCACCAUUGCUUCAUGUUGACAUUGCCAUCCCUUGUAACAACAAAGGCCCCCAGUCAAUUGGCUUGAUGUGGUGGCUUCUGGCCCGUGAAGUUUUACGCCUUCGUGGAACAAUUUCACGUGAUCAUCCUUGGGAGAUUAUGCCAGAUCUGUUCUUCUACCGUGAUCCUGAAGAGGUUGAGAAGGAAGAAAAGGAGGCAUUGGAGAGAGCUAAGGAGGAACUUCCAGUGACACAACCUGAUUGGAAUCCUGAAGCUGGUAUUCCUGGUGCUCCUGAUGUUAGUGACUGGGCUUCUGAAACAGUAGUACCAAAUGUUCCAUUGCCUCCUACAUUUGCUUCAACAACUGAUGAAACUUGGAGUGUACCCAAGAUGGAGGAUUGGGCAGCUGUGCCUCAAGCCCAGGAACCAGUAGAGGGAACACCCAACUGGGGUGGUGCUACAAGUGAAAGCUGGGACUAAGCUUCUGUGCUCUGGCUGCAUUUUAUUUGUAAACUAAGAAUUCUUGUUCUUAAUGGAAAUUUAAUGGAACAUUAAAGUAAAUGUUAAAACAUC